AUGGAGAAUUCUUUAGAUACCUCUGGAAGGGAAGAAGGUGAGGACUCCGUGUCACAACAUGGCAGAGUGGUGACGGAAGAAGAAUGGCUGAAGAAGUGGCAGUUGAGAAACAUAGGAUUUCAUAUUGAACAAGGGCAUCCACUUCUAAAGAAGUAUCUGGAUAUUUUUCUCAAUGGCAGAAACGGACUGAAGAUAUUUUUCCCACUUUGUGGCAAAGCUGUUGAAAUGAAAUGGUUAGCUGACUUGGGGCACCAUAUAGUUGGCGUAGAAAUCAGCGAAAGUGCUCUGAAGGAAUUUUUCACAGAACAAAAUUUAGCCUAUUCUGAAGAAACAGUUCCAGAGAUCCCUGGAGCUAAAUUAUUGAAGAACACAUCUGGGAAUAUUUCUUUGUACUGUUGUAGUAUUUAUGACUUGACCAGCACAGUUGCUGGCAAAUUUGAUGCAAUUUGGGACAGGGGGUCUCUCGUAGCUAUUAACCCUUGUGACAGAGAACGCUAUGCCAAUUUGAUGUUAUCGCUAAUGAACUGGAGGUGUUGCUGUCUUCUAGUAACUGUGUCAUAUGAUCCAAACAAAUAUAAAGGUCCGCCAUUCUAUGUUCCUGAUUCAGAAGUGAAAAGGUUAUUUGGCCAGCGCUGUGAUAUUAAGCAGCUUGAAAAAAUAGAUGGCUUCACAGAGCGUCACAGAACUUGGGGUCUAGAUUAUUUGUGGGAGGUAAUGUACAUUCUCUUGUUAAAAUAGCAAGACAACAC